AGAGAGAGAGAGAGAGAGAGAGAGAGGGUCGCACUCUGAGAAACAGAAAGGUACACAGAGAAGAGAGGACAGAAAGUAAGAGAAGCAGCAGGAGGACGGUGAGCAUCUCUCCACUCUCACGGAUCUUAACACUUCACCUUCCUGCAGCAGAGAGAGAUUACAGCUUCUGUGAACAGGCCUUUUUUCUACUUUUUGGAGGAGUUGAGAGAAACGCGAAUCCUGGAAGAGUUGUCCUUCUUUCCCCCCCCCCCAAACCUUAAGUCUUUCCAUCACUUCGAGAAGUUUCACAAAGUAAAGUGAGCUCCAGAGCUCGGCUUCACUUGUCUCCACGUGUGUCCUGACAUAAACGUGUCACCUUGAGGUUUUUGCUUGCAGAAGUUUUAAGAUUUUUCACAUUUUAAAGUCACUGACCCACACACGAGACUAAACAUGACAUCAGGACAACCCCGAGCCGUGUGUGACCAUUGUUCCAAAUGCUUAAAUCAUUAAAACAAGUGAGUUUUAAUGCUUUCAUUUUUCCACUUUACACGCUAAGGUGUGACUCUGGCGCAGCUCACCUGUAGCAUCUUCCAUCUGUCCACUCUUUGAUUUGCACUUUUUACGCACAGAAACGCCACUUUGAGACUAUUUUAAGAUAGAGACUCAAUCUAUCUGAGACAGAGAAGCGCUCUCCACAGAGUUCAUUCAUUCUGAGAACACUAACCGCGUCGGUUUUGGAGUGCGUAAAAGGAUAAUUUACGCAACAAAAAAAAAUCUAACUUUCGAAUCAUCCCGGGAUUUUCACAUCUGGACAUUUCUGUGGCGAAACUACGUUUAAAAAGAAACUUCAGCGCAACUUUGUCCAGCUUUUUGAAGGUCUUCCCGGCUCUCCAUCACCAUGCUGUUCGACACCUUCGACCUGGUCUCGGCUCUGGCCACGCUGGCCGCCUGCCUGGUGUCCAUGGCUCUGCUGCUCGCCGUGUCCCAGCAGCUGUGGCAGCUCAGAUGGACGGCGACGCGGGAUAAAAACUGCAAGCUGCCCAUGCCCAAAGGAUCCAUGGGCUUCCCUUUCAUCGGAGAGACCUGCCACUGGCUCCUACAGGGUUCGGGUUUCCAUUCGUCACGGAGGCAGAAGUACGGCAACGUGUUCAAGACCCAUCUGCUGGGCCGGCCUCUGAUCCGAGUGACGGGUGCAGAGAACGUGCGUAAAAUUCUGAUGGGCGAACACACGCUGGUGACCACGGACUGGCCUCAGAGCACCGCCACGCUGCUGGGACCAAACUCUCUGGCCAACAGCAUCGGAGACAUCCACCGCAAAAGGAGGAAGGUGUUUGCCAAAGUGUUCAGCCACGAGGCCUUGGAGUCCUACCUCCCCAAAAUCCAGCAGGUGAUCCAGGACAGUCUUCGAGUGUGGAGCUCCAACCCCGAGCCCAUCAACGUCUACAGGGAGAGCCAGAGAUUGUCGUUCACGAUGGCGGUGAGGGUGCUGUUGGGAUUCAGGGUGUCGGAGGAGGAGAUGAGGCAUCUGUUCUCCACCUUCCAGGACUUUGUUGACAACCUCUUCAGCCUGCCUAUAGACCUGCCCUUCAGCGGAUACAGGAAGGGUAUCCGUGCACGAGACGCCCUGCAGAAAAGCAUAGAAAAGGCCAUCAGAGAGAAGCCGUUGUGUUCCCAGGGGAAGGAUUACAGCGACGCACUCGACGUCCUGAUGGGGAGCGCCAAGGAAAACGGCACCGAGCUCACCAUGCAGGAACUGAAGGAGUCCACUAUCGAGCUGAUCUUUGCCGCCUUUGCCACCACGGCCAGUGCGAGCACCUCACUAAUCAUGCAGCUCCUCAAACACCCUACCGUCCUGGAGCGCCUGAGGGAGGAGCUGAGGGUCCGGGGGCUUCUCCACAAUGGCUGCCUUGUGCCCGGAGAGCUGGGGCUGGACACCAUCGUGAGCCUCAAGUACCUGGACUGUGUCAUCAAGGAGGUGCUGAGACUCUAUACCCCCGUCUCAGGGGCCUACCGGACCGCCAUGCAGACCUUCGAACUCGACGGAGUCCAGAUUCCAAAGGGCUGGAGUGUGAUGUACAGCAUUCGGGACACCCACGACACCGCGGCCGUCUUUAAGGAUGUGGACGCCUUCGAUCCUGACCGAUUCAGCCAGGAGCGAGGAGAAGACAAAGAGGGACGGUUCCACUACCUGCCGUUCGGUGGCGGUGUUCGGUCCUGUCUUGGCAAACAACUCGCGACCCUCUUUCUCCGUAUCCUCGCCAUCGAGCUGGCCAGCACCAGCAGAUUCGAGCUCGCAACCCGGGAGUUUCCACGGGUGAUCACGGUACCGGUGGUUCACCCUGUCGACGGGCUGAAAGUCAAGUUCUACGGAUUGGACUCCAACCAGAACGAGAUCAUGGCCAAGUCAGAAGAGCUGCUGGGAGCCACUGUUUGAAGGGCAGAGAGCUGAAGAGUCGAGGGGAGAGUGAUCGCAGGAGUCUUUAAAGGAGAAGAUUGAAGGAAGGAAAGAAAUAAGUUCUUAUUUUUUCUCCUCCACCACCAAGUUGGAGGUUCCUUUUCAGACUAAGAGAAAAGUCUUUGUCUCUUUCUUGUUACAACUGAUGAUGAUCAGGACUUUCCUCUGAGAGAGAAACUGCCAAAAAACUUCUUAAUUAUUCUCUAUUCUGUGUAUUUUUUUAAGGAAAUAUACAAACGUAAAUGUAUGUACAAAAAAAAAAAAGAAGCUAUGUAAUAUAAUUUGAAAAAGAAAGGUGGGUAGUGCACAAUGGGAGAAAGAAAAGUAUGGUGGUACUUUUGGGAAUAUGAAGUGUUGUGAUGGUUGUGAUUUGGAUGACACAGGGUAUAGGAUGAAAGAAUAUGAUAUUUUAGCUUAAAUUAAAUGCAGUGAACCAGUUUAAGAGCAGGGUAAAUGAGAUGGAUAUAUAGACUGAUAGUUGUAGAUGUUCUCCAUGGCACCACCAAGAUUCAACUCAUGCAAUCUGCUAAUCUAAAAAAGAGUAUAUAUAUAUAUCAUUGGUGGCAUUGUGUUCCCAUUGAAUUCAAAUUGUUUACUAGCUUACAGAUGCAGUAAAUUAAUGAUCAUAGCACAGGUACAAUGUGUUGCUGAGUUAGUCCAAUCGAACAGCAGAUGUUAAAGGACAGAGCUUACAAAUAAGGCAUGUAGUUCUGAUGGAGAGGAUAUACUGGGUGCAUAUUUUAACGGGUCAAACACAUUACAUUCGAUUGUAAACGAGGGCAAUUUCUUUCUAGUCUUCCUUUUAUGCUUUUAUUUCACAAAGCAGCCUGUACACUUAAUGAUCUGUACACACUCCUAUAAUGCUUCCAUCCAUGCAUCAUACAGUGGAAUAAGCUUCAGCUCAUUACUUUCUGUCCACAAAAACAAAAACAUAUCAGGGGUUUCCGGUGCACUUCUGCCAACCAAGGAAGCAUUGAACUUGAACUCACAAUUGGUAUCACUUUAAAGUAAAGGUCUGCUUUGUAAACUCUCCAAACCUGUGCUUUGAUACACAAACUACACUUUUACGUUGCGUUGAGAUUGUACUCUUUCGGACUUUAUCUUGCAACAAGUCGAUAAAGAAGUCGCCCUCAUGAAACCGAGAGUAACUGGAGGAGGAAAGAAGAGAUGGAGUGGAGAAAAACCUACAUACAUGCUGCUUGAGUGUUGCUUUGUCAUUCUGUGUUUGUUUAUGUGUGCUGAUUAUUUUAUUUUUUUCUCGUCUCCUUGGUGCAGCCAUUUUGAGUUGUGUGGAGAAGGUGACAUGUUGUCUUGCUGCUCCUCCAAUCAACGCUAAGAAUGCAAAACAAAUGUAAAGUCCAUGGUUUAAGCAACUUUAUUAGCUAUGAAGAGAUUUGUUGUUUGAGGUGAUUGCACAAUCAGGACUCUCAGAGCUUUGCAACUUCCAUAUUUUUGGAGAAGGAAGACUUUGUUCUUGGUUCCGAUACGUAGAAAAAAAGAAAAAAAAAAGCUACCCGCCACGGAACUCUGGGACUCGUUCGCGGAACUCUCGGACAUUCUAGAACCCCCCCCGGAUGGAGUUCUAAGUUCCGAACGGAAGCUCGAGAGAGAGAGAGAGAGAAAGGACCAAUGAGGUUUCAGGGGAGGGCGGGGUCACGCUCUUAUUGGACGAUCCUGUUGUCCAAUAGCAUUCCAGAUGGAUUCUGCCUGUGCUAGACAUUGUUCACUCUUUCUACCAACCACACCACUGAUUUCUUCACGAUAAAAAAUAUAUAAAAAUAGAGUUUUUUUGCUGCUUUUCUUGUGUAUAUUUUCUAUUUGAGAGUUCUAGAUUGCAAUAGUUUGUAUCAAGUGCUUUUUUAAUCAUUACAAAUAAUGAUUAAAUAUGUGCGUUUUGUGAAAGCAAGGAGCAUAAAUAGAUUAUAGUGUAUAUUAAUUUGUACAAUAUUCCUCCCUUUAGCAAGCCAUGUGGAAAAUCAGCUAUUUACGUCAACUAAUAACCUAAUAUUAAUGUUAUUGUACGAUUAAUAUUGUUGUUAUAAGAUAUUUGAAAUGCUAUUUUUUAUUCUAUUACAGAUCUAGAGUUUUUAGCCUAAAUGAGAAGGUAAAUAUUGGAUGUAUUUAGAAUGUUAUGUAUUUCAGUUAUAUUGUAAACAGUGUUUAAAAUGUUAAUAUUGUUGAUUUGAUAACUGUAAUAAUUAUUUUGUGUUUUGUUAUUCAGACUUAUUAUCACUGCAUUUUAUUUGAUAUUAAUUAUGGAAAACAGAAAGCACUUGCGAGGUAUGUCUAUUUUUUAAGUGCCAUGCGACUACACGUCCCCUUUCUUCCACCUGUUGGUCUUAUGUAAUUCUGUACAUAAUAUUUGUAUUUCUUUUUACAGGAAAAAUGUUUCAUUUAGUUUAAAUAUGAAUGUCUACUUUCUUCCUUUCCUUUUUUUGUUACCGUGAUUGUUAAAUGUACUCCUGUAAUAAACUAUAAAGUAAAGAUA